AGCAUGGUUUUCUUGUGUUUGAGUAUUCAAAGAUACAAACUCUCGUCUCAAUACAACUUUAUUUUGCCUUGUUUAUUAUUAUGAUUUUUUUGUGAUCUAAUUGUUCAAUUGUAUUAGAUUGUGUUAAUUAUGGAAACUACCUCUCCUGUUAAAGAAAAAAAAUCAAAGAAAAAAAGUAGAAAGUCUGAUGCUGGAAAACAAGAUAGUGAUUUUGUUUUGAAGCCAACAGGUGAUGUAGUUAAUGAUGAUUCCUGGCCUUUGCUGCUGAAAAACUUUUCAAAGCUAAACGUACGAUGUAAUCAUUUCACUCCACUGCCUAAUGGAUGUUCACCAUACAAACGUGAUAUCAAUGAAUAUGUAAAAUCAGGUUUUAUCAACCUGGAUAAACCAUCCAAUCCAUCUUCACAUGAAGUUGUUGCUUGGAUUAAAAGAAUCCUAAAAGUUAGUAAAACUGGACAUUCGGGUACUUUAGACCCAAAAGUUACUGGCUGCCUUAUUGUGUGCAUUGAAAGAGCCACUAGACUUGUUAAAUCUCAACAAGGUGCUGGAAAAGAGUAUGUCGGAAUAUUCCGAUUACAUGCUCCUGUUGAAAAUGAAAAGAAAGUUCUCUCUGCUGUUGAAACUUUAACUGGUGCACUUUUCCAGAGACCACCAUUAAUCAGUGCUGUUAAACGACAACUUAGAGUAAGAACAAUUUAUGAAAGUAAAUUGUUGGAAUUUAACAACGAUAAAGGAAUCGGUGUUAUUUCCAUAAGUUGUGAAGCUGGUACCUACAUCAGAACUCUUUGUGUUCACAUUGGACUUGUUUUGGGAACUGGUGGUCAAAUGAUUGAAUUGAGACGAAUUAGGUCAGGAAUAGUGACAGAAUAUGAUAAUCUAGUGACUAUGCAUGAUAUUCUAGAUGCUCAAUGGCUAUAUGAAAAUCAUAACGAUGAAACAUAUCUUAGAAGAGUUAUCCAGCCGCUAGAAGCUUUGUUAACUUCUCAUAAAAGAAUCAUAAUGAAAGAUUCGUCUGUCAACGCCAUAUGUUAUGGAGCGAAGAUUAUGUUACCAGGAGUUUUAAGAUAUGAUGAUGGAAUUGAAAUUGGUGCAGAAAUUGUUAUUCUUACCACUAAAGGAGAAGCUAUUUGUAUAGCUAUCGCUCUUAUGACUACAUCUACGAUUGCUAGUUGUGAUCAUGGAGUUGUCGCCAAAAUCAAAAGAGUCGUCAUGGAACGAGAUCUCUAUCCUAGAAGAUGGGGCUUAGGACCUAAUGCUACAUUGAAAAAGAAAAUGAUCAAAGAAGGUUUAUUGGAUAGCAAAGGAAAGCCAAAUGAUAAAACACCUAAAGAUUGGCAAAAAACUUAUGAUCAUUAUGGACAAACUGUUGGAGAUUCUGAUAAGAUGGACACUUCAGUAAAAAUGGAACCCAGUUAGAUACAAAAUGUGAUAUUAAACAUUGACAUCAUUAGUUUUUUAUAAAGCCAUCAUAACUAAUAAAAUAUGACAUUCUGAUCAACAAAUCUGACGAUUAAUAACCAUUGUAAAAACAACGAACAGUUUAUCGAUUAUCAAAUUAAUAUAAUUGUUACUUUGUUUCA